AUGGACGGGGGCAUUUUGGCGAUGGGCGGAUUCGAAAGGAGCAGACAGUGGGCAGCAGCACACAUCUAUUGCUGCCUGGCUGUCUUGUUGGCCUCACUCGCCCCCGCGUUGAGCGUGGAAACGGAGCACCAGUUUGGCUUCGUUUCUGUCAAGACCAAUGUGAACACCACAGUUGUGGCCACCUGCGAGCAGCUUGCGGACGCCCUGUCUUCUGAGGUGCAGGACAACCUCAUCGUGGUGAUAGCAUACAUCCGUUGUGACCCUGCUGUGUGGGACAAGGCCGUGGUGGUGGCUGGGAACAAAACGGUAACAGGGCCUGGGCAUGGAGUCAUUGUUGGGGCGGUGGACUGGGGCAACGGCAAUGACAUGGUGGUCGUGGGCAAUGGGUCGUCAGUGACCUUCCAGGACAUCAUCCUGAUGCAGGACUUCCUGGGUGCGAACGCAAUGCUGAACCUACCCUUCCUGAGUGCCGGAAUGGAUGCAAGGGCGACGUUCAAGGGCGUGGCGGUGGGGGUCCGGGUGUGCCCACAGCCCGUGGGCAUCUUUGACGAGCGGUUGAGGGAGCUCGAGAGGCCUGGGCACAUUCCUGGAAAGCAGGAUGCCGCCAGGUUGGGGCUCACAGGGCUUUUCGUCACGGACGUGGCGUUCUCACCGUAUGACGACUCGACAUGGCGGCAGUGCAAUGUGAUAUGGCGCUGCGGCACCAGGUCAGCGCUGGACCCAGAAUUCUUGAGUGACUUCCAGGACGAACUUGUAAGGCCCAUCUGUGGGGCCCCGAUAUCAAUAACCGAUAUGCAGUCACCCGUCGGGUUGAGCCUGAAUAAAACGACGCCCCAGCUGGAUCAAACAGAGAGUAGUGGGUCUGAGACAGACAAGGCAGCCAUCGGGAUCUCGCUGGCGGUUCUGGUCAUUUUUUUCAUUAUUGUCAUUGGUGGAGUUCUUUUUGUUUUUCGGCACCGAGCAAACCAGAGGCGGCGUAAGGCUGACGAGCUGCAGCGAAGGAUUCAGGGGAUUCAGGGAGUCUCUGGUUAUGAGCGUGGCCGCCAGGAUGGACAGCGGGACGUGGGGGCGCCUGCUCAGUUCCGCCCACUGACUCUUGGCUCCAGAACUUCGUCUGGGAACUUCCCCAACGUAUUCAACAUGGACCUCGCAGAUGUAGAAUUGGGGAAGCGCCUUGGGAGAGGGAAGUUUGGUUCCGUGUACAAGUGCAGCUACAAGGGUGUGGCCGUGGCAGUGAAAGUGGUGGAUCACCGUGGUGAGGGCCUGCAGCCAGAGACAGGGGAGCCGCUGGAGGCUGAUCUGUGCAAGCAGAUGCACCACGUCAAUGUUCUGACUACAUACCUGUACAAAACUGUUCGAUUCGACAACCUGUUCGCCAGCACCCACAACACUUGGAACAUGCAGACGACGAACAUGUCAGGGUCGUUCAUGGACUCGCAUGGCAACACCUUCAGCCACCUGGAAAGUGUACAGAACUUGAUGGACAAGAAGGGGUACAGGACGUUCAUUGUCAUGGAGUAUUGCAAUGGCGGGUCGUUAUUAAGAGGCAUCAAUGCAGGGGCGUUCUUCACCCAGGAGACGGGCCCCUUUGUGAUGCGUGCCCUGCUGACGGCCCUGGACGUGGCACGGGGCAUGAGCUUCCUCCACGACAUGUGCAUUGUGCAUGGGGACCUCAGGCCAGAGUCAUGUCUGGUCAGAUCCGAGCCCAGCGACAAGAAGGGCUUCGUGUGCAAAGUGGGAGAUUUUGGACUGAGCAGGUACGUUGCCGAUGCCUCCUCCCUCAAGGCAUCCUCUGUGGGCUCCACCGUGUAUGCAGCCCCGGAGCUCCUGAAGAACGGAACCCUUACAAAGGCUGCUGAUGUGUACUCCAUGGGAAUGAUCCUGUGGCGACUGUUGUCUGACUUCCCGGCUUACAAGAGCAUGACUGAGGAAGAGAUCGUGGAGUUUGUGCUGCGGGGCCAGAGGCCAGAGAUCCCAUCCCAUUUUUCGAAGGGAUACAGGCAACUGGUUGAGGACUGCUGGAAUCCAGAGCGCACCAGGAGGCCGCCCUUUCACGAAAUAGUGGAAAGGUUGCAGGCCCUGAUUGCGGACGCCGCUGCUCGCGCUGGUGACACCUCUGCACGUCAGCACGACUCAGGCUCGCCAAGAGCCCAGACGUCUCAAAAGACAUGGGAGCUGUUAACGGGAACGGGGCAGGGAAGCAUGUACUCUCCGGGACGUCCUUCAGGUGAAGGAUCGACAUCUUACCGAAGGCAGGAGGAGGGGCCUUCGCAGAGUGCAGCUCAUUUUUCUGGGAAUGAUCCUUCCCAAGAAGAUCAAGCACUGGCGGAGGAACCUCCUGGCAAGGACCAAAAGUCUGGUCUGGAAUCCAUGGAAACAGGCUUUACCACGGAGGAUGGGCAGAUUGCGAUCACGAUGACCGACACAAUCCCCUCAGAAAAGCAGUUUGAUUCGGCGGCUGAAGCAGGUGGCAAACAGAAGAGUCGUUUUCAAGCUGCAAGCAGCGAUGGAGGUCGCGACAGUGUAGAUUUUGGGUCGGAAAGAAACUCCGAUUCUGACAGAGGCAGCUCACAUGGUCGCAGCUUCCUUACUCGCUUCCUUGCGAGCCGGAGCAGCCAAGGAACACCCAAGCACCAGGAUCAACCGUCCAGUGCAAAGGGCCGUGGACUGAGCUCCUUGUUCUCAAAGAAAGUUGCCGACUCAACAAGCCCGCCUGCCGCAAAGAGGCACGGCCGCUUCGAGGUGUCUGUUGCCAAACCCAAGACUUUGGAGCCGGGAGACAGACACAAUAAGACCACUGGCAGCAGCAGUAGUUCUGGCGCACUUGCAGAGCCUGCAAGGGAGCCUCGUACAGAAGACAGCCAUCUCAGCGGCACAUCUACAACACAGCUUCCAACGCCGUUCCAAGCAGCUGGGAAUGGAGAAUUGGCGGCACCUGGUCUCCAUCUGGAGUCGGAGCAAGCGUUCCUGGCCUCAACACAGGACCUGGACGAAGUUCCCAGGCCCCGUGCUCCCCAGCGGGCCACCCAGGAGUCCUGA